AUCGCAGGAAUGCAGCGAAGGCGUCGGAGUCCAAGAGCUCACCGAAGAGCCGCCUCACAUCAGAGCCUCUCGAGACUCGACGCUUCGCAGACCGUCCUCUUGGCCGUCCGCUGAGACUCCGCCAAGAUGCUGCGCGGCCGCGUUUUGGCAGUGCUGGUGACGCUCGCAGCGUUGGCAACACUGGCGUUGGCUGACCCGAGAUUCGAGCAAGGAGCCCAGCGGCGGUGGGUGCGGCCCGAAGGCCAAGCCCGGCGCGUGUGCUACUACGAGGCCUGGGCCAUCUACCGGCCCGGCGACGGCUUCUACGACAUCGAGGACAUCCCCGCCGACCUGUGCACGGACCUCAUCUACUCGUUCAUCGGCCUGUCCAACGUCACGUGGGAAGUACUCGUCCUCGACCCUGAGUACGACAUCAACAUGAACGGCUUCCGGCGGUUCGUGGCGCUGAAGGACAAGUACCCCGACAUGAAGACCAACGUCGCUGUGGGCGGCUGGGCCGAGGGCGGCAGGAAGUACUCGCAGAUGGUGAUGGUCCCCGAGAGGAGGGCGUCCUUCAUCAGGAGCGUCGUGCAGUUGCUCACCGACUACGGCUUCGACGGGCUGGACUUGGACUGGGAGUACCCUGGCGCGACCGACCGCGGAGGCCAAUAUGCCGAUAAGGACAACUUCCUUAAACUGGUGCAGGAGCUGCGCGAGGCCUUCGACACGGUGGGGUUGGGCUGGGAGAUCACGUGCGCCGUGCCCGUGGCCAAGUUCCGCCUGCAGGAGGGCUACCAUGUGCCUCAGCUCUGCAGCCUGCUGGACGCCAUCCACCUGAUGACGUACGACCUGCGGGGCAACUGGGUUGGCUUCGCGGACGUCCACUCCAUGCUGUACAGGCGGCCCGGCCUGGACGAGUGGGCCUACGAGAAGCUGAACGUGAACGACGGCGCUCUCCUGUGGGUGGAAUUCGGGUGUCCGCGUGAUAAGCUGGUGGUCGGGACGCCAUUUUACGGGCGCACCUACACGCUGGGUGACCCUAACAACAACGACCUGCACGCGCCCAUCAAGAAGUGGGAGGGAGGCGGCCUGCCCGGCCCCUAUACCAACGCCACAGGCACUAUGGCUUACUUCGAGAUUUGCCUCAUGAUGAAGGAGGACUCGGAGUGGGUCGAUCGCUACGAUGACAUCGGCCUCGUCCCCUUCACUCACAAAGGCGACCAGUGGGUGGGCUACGAGGACCCCGACAGCCUCAAGAUCAAGAUGGACUUCAUCCGCGAGCAGGGUUAUCUCGGCGCCAUGACCUGGGCCAUCGAUCAGGACGACUUCCGGAACUGGUGUGGAAGGGGACAAAACCCGAUGAUGAACACCAUUUACAAUGGCAUGAAGGACUACGUAGUCCCUGUUGCUCCCACUCUUCCUCCGACCACAACUAACUCCUGGUGGACACCGCCAACUACCACCACCACAACACGAGACCCCAGCAUCACCACCACCACGAGGGAUCCCAACUUGCCGACCACAACUAUGGGGCCGAUUGACUGUACUGUGCAAGAAUACUGGCCGCAUCCGGACUGUGAUAAGUACUAUUGGUGCUUCGAAGGCGUGCCGCACUUGGAGUACUGCCCCGCUGGCACCGUGUGGAACCAGGCCAUCAAGGCGUGCGACUGGCCGGCUAACGUAGACACCUCCGGCUGCAACAUGCCUUCGCUCUCGAAGGACGCCAGCCAGCGGACCCUCCACAACGCCAUCCCGCUGGACGUCCGGGCCAAAGGGAUCCCGCGCUCGGGCAAGGCGCCCAAGGUUCCUCUCAACAUAGUUUCCAAAAAGCCAGCAGCGGCGAAGCCAGCGCGUGUCAAGCCUUCGCCUGCGAAAUCCGUUGAUGCUAAACUAGUUCAUAAUAAAACACCACGUGCUAAACCAGCAUCUAAUAAACGAGCAGAUGACAGGCCAGCACAUGCCCAGCCUGACCAAGAAUUCCCCAAGUCAGACCCUGCUAAGUCAGCACCACCUAUGCUAAUGAAAAUGAUAAAGAAUUAAGAUUUACCAGUAAGAAUGAUACUACCAAAAGUGAGGCCUCCAGAUCCUUCAUUUGUGAAUGAAGGCAGCAACAAGUAAUGAAACAACCGUAUCACCUACAAAAUGAGAGAUCAAAUAAAAAAUGUGGUAAGAAUAAAGAUAAAUAACCAUCUAGAAGUAAAUAAUUGAAUUCAUUGAAUCAGAAAAUUAUAUCAGUUUGAGAUAAUAAUAACAACUAUAAUGUUAAUAAUAACUAAUAAAGGCAAAUUAUAAUAAUUUUAAUUCGUUAUAAUUGGACAAACUUAUGGAAACAACAUUUGGCAGCAUUAGAGAAAACAGCCACUUUCUAUGUGUACUGAUGUGUGCGCGACAAAAUUUCCAAGUUUAUAAAAUAUAAAUAUUUAAAACAAUCA